AUGAUGACACCGUCUCUCUGCACCUGCACAUGGCUGCUGUUACCCUGCUGCGUACUCGUCACCCUCUCCACCGGUGAACUCAAGUUUUAUCGAGAUGAAGUCCCCGAAACAUCGGAGAACGUGGCGCUGAGACAAUUGAUCAAGCACUUCGAGUCGCCGGGUCAUCAGUUCCGGCUUUCUUCGUUCCUGGCGAACCAAGCGCACAAGAAACAUCGGCAGUUGCAGCUGGACCGGCAGAAGGAGAAGGAGUUUCUCGAAGCUUUGGCGGAGAAGGAAAGCCUAGGCCACCGCGUCUUUCGUCAUCAAGAGGAGCCGAAAGGAUGGAAUCAUCGACAAACGCGAUACAACGAGCCGCUCAACGAGCCGCUCUACGAGCCGAUCAACGAGGAGCCGAUCAACGAGCCGAUCAACGAGGCGCCGGCGCCGCGAGAAAGGGAACAUUACCUACCUUUCUACGAACCGAACCCAUAUGACAAUCCUCCCGAGUAUCCCAGCUACAAGUUGACUUAUCUUCCUCGCGGAAGUACUAUCGGGGAGGCGAACUUGCCGGUGGUCGGAGACGAAGACGGUAACGGUGAUGGUGACGGUGACGGUGACGGUGACGGUGACGGUGACGGUGACGGUGACGGUGACGGUUACGGAUAUGGGUAUGGGUACGGGUACGGAUACGGGUACGGAUACCAGCAGAACGUAUUGUUUAACCGUCCCCCUUACGACGGACCGAUCGAUUUCGAGAAUGGGAUGAAGGAGGAGCCCCUGUUGGACUAUCAUCGCGGAAGUUACCGAAGUGGAUCGGUCAGCGAGAAUGACAGGGUACCGCAAAAGCCGCAAAUAGCUGGUCCGGAUUUCACUUUCAAAUUCGACGAAUCCAACUUGGCGGGGAGGCACCCGUUUGCUGUGAAACCGAACGAUCCUAGAUACUAUCAGGAUGCUCCUUUUUUUUCGGAAGAUGGUGAUCGUUCGAAUGUCGAGAAAACAAUGGAAAACGGGACCGAGUCGGAACGUGGGAAUGUGAAAAUAGAGAAAACUCAUAUGAUGCACGUGGAGAGCAUGAGAAAUACUGAACCCCGCCAGUUCAACGAUGAUCAAACAGUGAUCGUGUUGCCGGAGUUGGAACGGCGCACAGGAUACGAUCCCUUGGUUGUACCUGUCAAUCAUAACUUGAAUAAUGAUAUAUAUUUUAUCGCUAUUGUCGCUGGCUGCAGCGCAGCUGCCAUGUUUGCCCUUGUAUUAAUUACAUUGACCUGGUGCAGAUUGAAACGGGGCGCUAAAGCAGCAGCAGACAUAGAAUAUCCAGCAUACGGUGUGACAGGGCCAAAUAAAGAGGUAUCACCCUCAGGAGACCAAAGACUGGCUCAGUCUGCUCAAAUGUACCAUUUCCAGCAUCAAAAGCAACAAAUUAUUGCUAUGGAAAAUCGUGUUUCUGCGUCCAGAGAUCCAGGCUCUGUUUCUGAGGCGGAGAGCGAAGAGGAAAACGAAGAAGGGGACUAUACUGUUUACGAAUGCCCGGGAUUAGCAUCUACCGGUGAAAUGGAAGUGAAGAAUCCCCUGUUCCAUGACGACCCAACACCAGCAACACCAGCACCAGUGAAUAAAGAAGAGGACCACAUGUAG